AUGCCGACUCUAACUUGGAAUGGGAAAGAAAUGAAACACUAUCCUCUUUCACAAAUUGAGCUUCUUAUCGGCAACAAUGGAGAACCAUUGAUAGCAGCAGAGAAAUGCCCAUGGGUGAGAGUCAAGAGAGAGAGGAGAGGGCCCAGACACCAGGAUUUAGAAGAUGAGGACGAGAAAAAGAAGGAGAAACCACUUCCUCGAUUUAAUGUGCACUCUAUAUUCUGGAUUUUGGCUUCAGUUGGCGUGACGUACUAUGUUGAAUUCUUUACUGCAAUAAAAACAGAUUACCGAAUAGAAGGUCGUUGGUUCCUCUUGGGUAGUUCGCUGCUCAUUAUCAGCUUGGUCAUUGCACUCUACUGCAUAUUCUAUCUGGAGUGGUACAGAGGGAUUGGAGAAUAUGAGCAAUAUAACCCUACUCUAGUUCCUUCAGCUACAGCGUCCUUUAUUGCAGCAGCAGUUUGCUUUAACAUUGCACUGUGGCCUAUUUGGUCUUUCUUUACACCUUUCAUCCUUUUCACCCAAUUUAUGGGUGUUGUAAUGUUUGUAUCGGUCCUGGGAUGAUAACCUAAGAAUUCAUCUUGAUAUUUGCUGUAAAUAAGCUUUUCUUUCAACUUCUGGCAGUUGUCUCCCAAAUGAUUGAAGCUAAUCAAAUCCAGAGCUUUAGUGCCAGCGACAUUGACUUUGAGUUUUACAAAUGUUGGAACAGUAUAUUGUCAUGAGAACCUAUCUGGUUUACUGUGCUCUACCUAAUGAAAUAAAGCUUCACAGCUCUGCAUGAUUCUGCCAACAAGACAACACAACAAUAUAAUAAAGAACUUCACAAAAUCUAUAUGUAAAACACCAUUAAAUGUGCCAAAAAACACCAAUUUCAGACUCCAAAGCAAUAGCUUUACAUUCACAUUUUUAGGCCAUUGUAUGCAACACACAAACAGACAGGCCAAUUUGAAGGAGAUGUGGUAGUUGGGACCUAGAUUUCCACUUAUGAUUCCUCCUAGUCUGUUGAUCUGUGCAGAGCUCUGGGGCAUCAUUAUGGGGAGGAAAACACUCACAUUGUGCUCUUCACAUCUUUUUAUGACUGGUUACAAAGCAGCAGAAGCCUGGGAGGAAGUUACUUGCCUAGCUUUCUCAGUCAGGGUUGAUUCAUGUUUUGAGGAGAUAUUCUGAAGGAUCGUAUUUGGAGCAAUUAAAUAAACUUUUACCUUUGGUUUCUGUAUGUCUGAAUGAACUGAACAGGAUGUGCUUGAAAUUUCUACUUAAAAUGGAUAAAUGUGACCUUUUCUUUAGCCUAAAAUGGUAUGUGGGCCCUUAGAUAGUAUAUAAAAUGCAUAUGACUGCCAUAUAUUUUGAACUAAAUUGUAAUAGACUUUUAAAUUUAUAUAGUACUUUUAUGGAAUACUAAUUGGUUUAACCACAAACUGUUUUCAUUUCUUAUUACAACAGAAUACAAGUUAUAAGAAAUAAAACUGAAAUUAUCUGAAGAUUUGAAUUAAUGCAAAAACUACCUGUGAUUUAAAUCCUACACAACAUUGUAUAUCUGUUUGUAUUUAUUGUUUUGUAUGGUCUCCCAGCAAAAUAUGUGGGAAAAUAAAUGUCCUGAUAUGUCAAAUAAAAUUAAUCUAUCACUGC